AUGGAUAAGCCGAAUGAGAUGAAGGAGCUACAGCGCGAUCUUGCGCGUAAAUAUGAGCUUCAUGGCCCGAAAAUCGAGAAAAUAUGGCGGUCGCUAGGAAAGUGCCGACGCGAGAAAGUGAUGAGAGCUGGUGCUGCACGAGGUGAAGUACUGACAUCGCCUAUUGAUAGAUCCAUAGGCGACGUGUACAAAUGCAUCCCUGACUGGAAUCUACGCGACAUCACUAAUCCGAAUUCUGGUUAUUUACUGAACCAUUUGAAACAUCGCGAAACGAAAUCUCUCUGUGAUCAGUACGUCGAGGGUCCGAAUGGUGGUCCUGGUGACACAGAAGUCAUACACAGAAGCAUUCAAUUUCUUGGUCUCCAACAUGUUGAUCCCUUCCGAGACAGCUUAACGAAUUUCGCAACCGAAGAUCGAUACGGGUGGUCUUUCAAAGCUACCGAUCGGUCGGCCCUGGAGAAUUAUCUGCAUCUCUAUCGUGGUGAACCUAGGUUCCUUGUUCACGCCGUUAAUGAUUGGUACUUCAGUCGACCGGAGCUGGUUCCAGAUGAGAAAGGCCGGAUGCUGUCUGUGGCCACCGACAAAUACAUUAGCAUCUCAUGUUUCGAGACUCUCCACAAUGCUAUCGUGGGAGCUGCAAUUUGGGGUUAUAUUUAUAGUCUCCUGCAGACUCUCAUGGAAGAACCUAACCACCGGUCCUACAGAAGUGUUGUUCUUCAGGAACUUACGAACGUCUGCAAUUUCGAGUACUGGCGGGCCCAGAAACUCUUCAAGCGCUACGUGCAAAUGAAAUCCGGUGGUAAGCAGUUCAAACGCAUUUGCAGUGUCUAUGAUGAUGGCUUUUCACGGGUAACGAUGAAAAUUAAGCCGGAUACCUUUACCAGAACAGACCCGCAGCUCCAUUACAUACUUCGUCUUUGCCAGCCUGACAUGAAUGUCUCUCGGGCAGUCGAAUGGAUUAAAAGGCUAGACGACUUUCACCAAACUUAUCCCGCUAAGCAGGAGAGGUUGGCAGAAAGCGAGUUUGACACCUUCGGUGACCUUGCUGUGACCACCAGUUUCAUUCAGUGUCUCUCCGCGUCUCUUCCCAUGCCCCCAACAAACCCGAAGAGAGGACAGAUAUAUAUCUCUCGAUUGAAAGGGCUAACAGCUGAGAUCAAGCCAGGCAUGGUCCAAGGCGCAUUGACAUUGCUCGACCAACUUAUCUACACGAACACCGGGGCUGAGAUUGGCUUUUUCUAUCAGGAUCUAAACGAGGAAUGUUUGGCAGCGCUUCAGAUGCAAGCCCGGGAGCAAAGUGAAAGAACUGAGCGAAUAGAACUGGCCGAGGUUGCCUCGUCAAUGCCAGACGUACCCAGCCGGGCAGUUCAUAUUGAACAGCGUAAGCAAAAGACAAAAACCCGCCCGUCACAUUCUUCAGUAUAUAGUAUUGCUCCAACAGAAGCUGCCACCAUGGAUCCGGAAACUGCAAUACCUUGCCGCGUAUUCAAAGCGAAGUCAGCCGCCUUCGAGGUGUUCUCAACGCUAUUCGCAAAACCCACAUCGCAGGCUCGAUCGCCUGGGCUGCAUUUGAAGCAGCUAUGGUGCAUAUGA